AUGACUCCUCCGACCUCACGUCAGGCCACCUGCGCAUCGAUUCCUGCGGCCGACCACCCGCCCGACGAGCCUCGGCCCAUGGUCCUUCAGACGUGCCGGCCAUCUGCACAUCUUCCGCGACCUCCAUGGCCCAUGACACUGCUGCCACGUCAGGCUCCACGACGGCUACCUCGCCGCACGCCCUGGAGUCCUGCCAUAGAUAGGGACAUCGUCACGCCCACUAUACGACCCCCAAUUGCGGAGGCAUCGCCAGCGAUGAUGUCCGACGAACCCGUUUUUGCAUCGACCUCGACACUGUGCGCGUCUUGCCAGCAACGACCAGCCUCGCCCUCGCAGUCUCUCGCAGCCGAAGUCCCAGCCCCUAACCACCGAUGGCCGAACUUCCGAGACGCUGCGACUAUGACUGAUGCGCCUGAGGACGACGUCCCUGGUCAGCAUACGCCAGAGCUGACCGCAUAUGCCAUGUCAGCCACAGAGGCAGACAUCCAGCAUGCCGACCUGCGCACCAGUCCUCGUGAGCCAACCCCCGUAGGGGCUUCCAGAAGCACAGGUUCGCCGUCUGAACCUGCAGCAGAGACCACUCCUGCUCAGCUUCACCACAGGUUUCCUGCGGAGCCCUUGAUGCAGGACACCAUCCACCCGACAAGCCACCGCAUGCUCCAGCGCGGUCCGUCAGCGGGACCCUCCAAUAUUCAGCGGCACUGA